GGGACAUGACGGUGUGACCGGCGGAGUAACGCAUGCAUGCAAGAGGACUUUCUGGUCCGGGGCCAAACGUGAAGGGUACGGGAGUGUCCGUCUGAUGGUGCGCGUCUCUCCAAGGUGGAUCCGGUUUCCAGUCCGGUAACACAAACUGACUUCGUUUCGCGAGAAACCGACCCGAACGGAAAGGACAGCUGACACAUCUCCUCAUUACUGGAUCCCAGUAUGAUCCGAGCAGCUCGUUUGGACACCUGAUUGUGUCCACGCGUCUCUCUCUGUGGACACAAGUCACAUUCCCAACAACAUUUAUUUUCCGACAAAUUGUGCGACUUUUCUCUGCACAUUUAAACUCAGAGGAGACUCCGGGAGGAUACAACACUGUCACUGAGUCACAAGAAGACAUUUACCGUCACACCUGGACAUUAUGUGAAAAAUAAAAGGUGUGGAAAUGCGUCGCAAAGGCUUCUGUCUGCUUGAGGUGUGUGCCAUCAUCAGCCUCCUGCCUUCUGGCUGUUUAUCAGAUCUGACAUGUGAAGCUCUGCUCAUGCUGUCAGGAAAUGUCUCAUUACAGUCGCUGGCCUCCACCUGGAACCAGACCCUGAGCAACGCCACAGGUCAGUGGAGCGGCUCGGGACUCUCCUGUGACACUUCCAUUGAUGGCAUCGGCACCUGCUGGCCCAGGAGCAGCGCCGGCCAGAUGGUGGCACGACCCUGUCCUGAGAUGUUCUAUGGCGUCAGAUACAACACCACCAAUAAUGUUUAUAGGAAAUGUCUUGCAAAUGGGACGUGGGCGCUGAAGGGGAACUACUCCAUGUGUAAGGCCAUACUUCACGAGGAGAAAAAAGGCAAGAUGCACUACCAAAUAGCUGUGAUCAUAAACUUCCUGGGUCACUGCAUCUCCAUGGUGGCUCUGCUCGUAGCCUUCUUCCUCUUCUUGUGUUUGAGGAGCAUCCGCUGCCUGAGAAACAUCAUCCACUGGAACCUCAUCACCGCCUUCAUCCUGAGGAACGCCACCUGGUUUAUCGUCCAAAUGACCAUGAGUCCAGAGGUGCACGAAAGUAACGUGAUUUGGUGCCGUCUGGUCACUGCCUCCUUCAACUAUUUCCACUCCACCAACUUCUUCUGGAUGUUUGGCGAGGGCUGCUACCUCCACACCGCCAUCGUCCUCACCUACUCCACCGACAAGCUGCGCAAGUGGAUGUUCAUCUGCAUCGGCUGGUGUAUACCGUUCCCUAUCAUUGUGGCAUGGGCGAUCGGGAAGCUGUACUACGACAAUGAGAAGUGCUGGUUUGGGAAGCGAGCCGGCGUCUACACAGACUACAUCUACCAAGGUCCCAUGAUUCUUGUCUUAGUGAUCAAUUUCAUCUUCCUCUUCAACAUUGUGAGGAUCCUGAUGACCAAACUGCGAGCCUCCACCACGUCAGAGACGAUCCAGUACAGGAAAGCUGUGAAGGCUACGCUGGUUCUCCUUCCUCUCCUGGGAAUCACCUACAUGCUGUUCUUCGUGAACCCCGGCGAAGACGAGAUCUCUCAAAUCGUCUUCAUAUAUUUCAACUCGUUUUUGGAGUCCUUCCAGGGCUUCUUUGUGUCAGUGUUUUACUGCUUCCUGAACAGCGAGGUGCGCUCAGCUGUGAGGAAACGGUUCCACCGCUGGCAGGAGCAGCACUCGAUCCGAGCCCGGAUGACCCAGGCCAUGUCCAUCCCCACCUCACCUUCACGGGUCAGCUUCCACAGCAUCAAGCAGUCCACGUCACUAUGAGAGAGGAGGCCGGUAUCGUCCUGGAUACGAGCUUUAGGAUGAAACCCCCCGCCGACUGUCGUCAUCAUUUUCUGCCACAUCACUGGAGAACACUUUGCGAGCCGGGCUGUGGAGAGAGGCUGCAUCAGUCUCCGAAACCUCAGGAGGGACAUUAUACAGAGCUGAGAAUGGAUGGACACGGAGAUAAAGGACACUGCAGACGUUUGGAGACGAGAGGUUAGUGGAUCAAAAGAUGCACGUGACCAAGUUUGACUUUGAAUCUGGGUGUGAAUGUACAGCACUCCAUAUUCUGUAACGUUUGCCUGCCAUAGAGGUCUCUGUUGUUCCUGCCUGCACACUUUGUUUUUGUUUUUUUGCUAUCUUACGUCAGUGAGAACUCUGAGCUCGUGUCGCUGGACUGCACUGAACUGGAUUCCAUCCCAGCGGACACUGGACUCAAACCCAGUGACUAAAUAAUUUAACAGAUUUUAUUUUCAUCUUUGUUUUCGAUCGUCUGGUCGUAGUGUUUGUUCAUUUGCUGUUGUGCUAUCUUCCUUUCUGUUCUCAGCCAGCUUGGUGCAGUCGUGCUACGUUCAUCUAUUCUAAACACAUUCCAUACAUUUCUACCUGAAGAGUUUUGUUCCAGAAUGAAACCACGAGGAAAUGUUGAGCACAUGAGUGGGUUAGCAGUGAAGUUUGAAGAAUCGAGCCAAAGUCAGAAGGCAGUUAGCUCGAGCUGCGUUCACAUGCAGUCAGGCAGAAGGCACGGGAAAAACAAACAGUUGGACAGACGGGUUUAUGUUGCUAUGGUGACACCAUAUUGUUUACGAAAAAUGGAAUAAAACACAUUAAAUCUCAUUAUUUAAUGUUUAUCAUUUUAUAUACGUAUUCUAGGAAUGUCCAGUGCAAGAUGGCCUGUGGUAUCUCCUCGUGUGAAGAAGCUACGUAACAUCUGGUUGUAAAUUCUGUCGCGGAAGACGACAAAAAUUUAAACAUUUUGACUUUCAGCUGCAGCGUCAUCUACUGUUGCCGGUAUCCUCUGCUGACCUCACCUGAUUUUACCCUCCUGCUCUAUUCGGUUUGCCGUCCACCGUCUCCCUGAUUUCAUAUAAACACAGCUUAGCAUUAGCUUAGCUUUAGCUUAUUAGCUUAGCAUAUAGCCUGUCCUCUGUGUCCAAAAAUCAGUGUUUGAAUGUAACACAAGUGCUGAACUUAAGGACUAGUCUGAGGUGCUUUCAUGCCACUUUAUAUUUCUACACCAUCAUAUCUCAGAGGGAAAUAUUGUAGUUUUCACUGCACUACAUUUACAUUAUGUGUUAGCUUUAAAGGGUUGCAACGCUAUGAGAUUUUGACGGUACGAAAGCCGUCUCAGAAAAUAUUGUGAUUUCACAGUAUUUUAUAUUAUUAUCAAUCAGAACGACUCUUAAAGGAAUGAAAACAGAGGGAUUAUUGUUGACUGAACAAACGUUUUAUUACUAUAACUGAAACUUGAAACUAUUUGUUAAUUUAAGUUUGUUUAUAAAGUCUGUCCUUUAAAAAUAACAAAUAAAGGAGAGAUUCAACGUCCAGUUGCACUUUUUUUUUCAGUAUUGUAGAUAAGCAAAUGUACAGUGUGAUAACCAUCAACUUUUAUAUCACUGUAAACCUUAAGACUGGGCUAUCGCUGCAACCCUACAGCUUUAGCUACUUUACAAUCUUCAUGUAAAAAACAUUGAAAGACCUUUAUGAUUCCUAAUAUGUUUUGUUCGGCAAGAUCAUCUUAAAUAAACACCACUUUAUGAUUUUUGAGGCAUAAAUUCAGUCACCAGAGGUAAAAAGCAAACGUUAGGUUAUAAACAAACUUCACUCCAGUCACAUGACGUUAUGUCUCGCCCACAACGAGGCUGUAAAGUCAUAUUCGUUGUGAUGAUAUUCUGUCGUCUCAUUUAGCCAGGAGUUAAAUGUUAACUCAUCUCCAGGUUUCAGGACUCAUUCCUGGAGCACUCUGUAUGUUUGUCAUAAAUUAAAUUAUUUUUUAAGUUAAGUUUAUACACGUGCAGUUGAAAGCAUUCAUUGAUUGUUCAAGUAGUUAAUUGACAGAAAAUUAAACUAUUUUGAUUAAUUCCAAGAGUAAAAUCCUGCGUUUAUAUUAAUGCAUGCGUAAUGAUAAUCUAAUGAUAUAAUUUAUAAAAGUCACUGUCAUUUUCCUGAUUAUAUUUGCAUACUUUUACUUAAGUAACAUUUAUUUGUACAGUGUGGUA